GUGAUAUUUUUCUCAUAUCUUAUAUUUUUUAUUUUUUUGCAAUAAUAUAUGGGUUAUUAUUAAUAUAGUAAUGAAUUAAAUAUUUAAAUUAGUAAUAAUUAAUUAAUUAAAAUGAAUGCAUUUAAUGAUACUGUGGCUGGUGAACCAGAGCAAGAUGCUAAUUCUGCGCUUAUUGAAUUAGAUAAAGGAUUACGAUCAAAAAAUACUGGAGAACGUUGCGAAGCAAUAGUAAGAUUUCCUCGUCUUUUUGAAAAAUAUCCAUUCCCAAUUCUCAUAAACUCAGCGUUAUUAAAACUAGCUGAUGUAUUUCGUCUUGGAAGUAAUUUUUUACGUGUAUGGGUACUGAGAGUUUGUCAGCAAAGUGAAAAACAUUUGGAUAAAAUAUUAAACGUUGACGAAUUUGUACGUCGUAUUUACAGUGUCAUUCACUCAAAUGAUCCAGUAGCGCGAGCAUUAACACUACGAACACUAGGAAGUGCUGCUGGAAUAAUACCAGAACGUCAGCAAGUACAUCACAGUAUACGUAAGUCACUCGAUUCACAUGAUUCGGUGGAAGUUGAAGCUGCUAUUUACGCAGCACGUAUGUUUGCCGCACAAUCAAAACUAUUUGCAGUGUCUAUGUGUAGCAAAAUAUCUGAUAUGAUUCGCGGACAAGCAACUCCGGCUUCCAUGAAGCUUCAGUUAAUUCCCAUACUCCAGUAUAUGCAUCACGACACGUCGACAGCUUCUAUGGUCAACGAACUCUGCAUGGAAUUAUUAGCGAGUUAUCCAGCUGUCGAGUUCGUCCGGGUGACCCUGAGUGCUAUGAGCACACUGGCAUCCGCGACACUGAUCGACGUCCCAAACCAAGUGGCACUUCUUCUUAAAUACUUGCGCGAUGACCCACGUUUGUCAGUAAAACGUCACGCAUUAAGACUCCUGCUGGAUUUAGCUAAACGUGGUGCUCAUUUGUGGCCACGUGGUGCUUUAGAUAAUUUAGUCGACAGUACAACCCGACUUCCACAGGACAACAAUGAAAGUACUGAUUUAUUACUCCGUACUCUAGAUGUAAUUGAAGUGUUAAGCAGAAAUGCCGUUACUUGUGACGGUAAUAAAGAUGAAAAUAGCCCAUUGUCAUCGAUGUGCAUUGACGCGUGUUAUUCACAUGACCCUCUAAUUGCCGUCAAAGCUGUAAUGAUUCUUUCAAGAAUCGCUUGCUAUUGUUACGAAGAAAAUCUGCCGGUCAAUAACAUUCAGCACACAAUAUCGUGCUUGGAAUCUCUGAUUGUACUUCUCGCCACCGAAGACAAGUACGUUCAUCAUUUGAAAAUGUGUCUUGGAGCAACGGUAAAACUCUGCCAGGCGCACUUUGGCCACGCUCCUAUUUUUGUCGACGUUAUUGGAUCAACUCUUAUGAAUUCUAGUUCUGAUUAUUGUCGCAAUGAUAAACAGAGUGCGGUUUUGUGCGAAGCACUUGGAGCUAUUGGUAGUCUAGGAAAUAACGUUUUGUUACCGCUUUUGCCUGACAUACUUGAGAAAUUAAAACAUAUGACUGAUGCUCACACUAAAGUAAUGCUUUGCACGCUGCUAUUUCAAAUAGUCGCUGGUGGUUAUGAGUGGAAUGAAGAAUGUAUGAAAGCUAUUUUGACUGCAACAAAAACUGUUGAUGGCUGGGCAAAGUAUCGCAUUGCUCGAGGUGCUGCGAGAUACGGGCAUCAUGGUAUUGCUUCUGAAAUUUUUAAAAAUUUAAAGGAAACUGUUGCUUCAGAGCAGUUGCAUUUUUGGUUGUCUGGUUUAGAAUUACUGACAAGUGCUGAGAGUUAUCUAGCAAGCGGUCAAGGAGAAAAUCACGCGGAAAACAAAGCAAGAAUUACUGAGAAAUUAAAUGGAGCGAUAUCAAAGUAUGCAAGUGCUUGUGCGUCACUCAAAGCAGCCAGCACUCCAUUGAGAAGUCUUCAGUUUGCUUGUGAGUACGCAAAACUACGGUGCGAAUUUCUCCAGGCACUUGUACAGCUGGUUCACUCAUGCAGAUCUCUGUGUACUUCUCCGCCACCUGCUAUCGCCAUGUCAAUUGUCGUCUUGACUAAGGACGAGUUUCAACGUUACGGCAGAGUAACUUAUCAGCUAAGAAAGUCAGCUCAAGAUUUCCGCACGUGCGCUGAUAAUUAUUAUAAAUUGUAUCAAUCGGCUUUUGACGCUGAUCAAGGAUCUUUAAAUAACAUCCGUGCACUCCAGGAGAUCUGUUUGCUGAUGGCCAAUAGCGUUGAUCGUGUCUGCUCGGUGUAUAAUUCCGCGACAACGAAUCAAAGAACUGAGCCGACUGAAUUUAUGUUCGGAGAUUCCGUGGAGAUGCGGCAAUUGGCGAAAUGUUGCGCUGAAGUACAACGACUUGGUCCCAUCUGGCAGGUACAGGAAAAGGAAGAAGCCAUCAGUCACUCAAGAAUAGAAUCACUUAUUUCGCAAGUAAUGUUACUAGCUGGUGGAAAAAUACGUCUUCCUAUGCCUCGUUACUUUUUCCAAGCACUGCAGGCUACUGUUGUUAAAUUAUCCGUCUCUCCGCAGCCUCGAGUACUCGGUGAGCCAGUUUGCGUUCCUCAGGGAUCACAAUUGGCAUUAAAAAUAGAAGGCGUACUGCGUCACGGCCGGCGAGCUUCAUUAUUCAGAUCUGUUGCGGCUGUCUGUAUCUCCAUCUCGACGUCACCACCAUCUAAAAUUAAUGCCGACACGCGAAAUGGAUCCACACAUGAAUCAAAUGGAAAUGAACUUCAACAGACAGUUAUUCCACAUCGUGAUUUCUUCGCUUGUGAAUUUUUACUGUCAUUGGGAAGUUCAUCAGCUGGGGGACUCGGUAAUAAUAAUUGUGCUGGAAACAUUCCCGGGAGUAGUUCGGGUUCUGGAUCCUCUAGUAGCUCGAGUGGUACACAAUUUCAGGUCACUGCGAGCGCAAGUAUUUUAGAUAAAGAUGGUAAUGUUUGGAAAUGUGGUCCAAGAUCAACUCUUCAAGUACGAGUUCAUGAAGAACCUACCAAACGAAAGCUUCCGUAAUUUGUAAAUUUAUAUCGACUA